AUGCCUGUUAUUCGCAAAAAUCAUAUUCAACCAUCAUCUAAUAUCAAUGAUAAAAAUUGUGAAAUUUUACAAGAUGGCAAUGUCCUUUUCGCUUUUUCAUCUAUUCUAAGUGUUAAAUAUUCUAAAGGUCGAGUGCCUCCUUCAGUUAUACCACAAAAAUCGGCUAGAAAUAUACUAUUAUCUUCUAAUGUUAUUGACAAUGAAAAUUAUAUUCAACCAUCAACUAAUAAUAAUGGUAAAAAUAGUGAACUUUUACAGGAUGGCACUAGCCUUGACUUAUUUUCAUCUAUUCGAAUUAAAGAUCGAAUGGCUUCCUCAAUUAUACCACAAAAAUCGACUAGGACUGUAACACAAUCUUCCACUGUUAUUAACAUUGAACAAAGCCAUCAAUCACGUUCUCACUUAGUUCCAACGAUUCCUGAAAUGGAACAUACUCACAAACGAAAACCAGCUACAAAACGUUCCAAAAGCGAUCGUUAUCGAUUUCGAUGUAUUAUACUAUUUUUAAUUAUACUGUUUUGUAUUAUUAUUGCUGCAUCUAUCGCUGCAAUUCUUGUUGGCGUAUUAUAUAAAAAUGACCUAUCAAGCACAACUACAACAACAAGUACUACAACAUCAGCAACUACAACAACAUUAUGCUAUUUCGGUGAAGAUUAUAUCAAUCUAGUAGAAGGAGGACGACGUCAAAUCGGUAAUUUAAAAACAGGAGAUCGAGUGUGGACAAUAAGCAAUGAUGGUAAACGUUUGAUCGAAGAUGAAAUAAUUGUUAUACCGCAUGCUGGACCGACUAUUCCAGCUUAUUUCUACACAUUUACAACAAUCGAAGGACAUACAGUUAGUUUAACCGAUUCACAUUUUAUAGUUGCCAUUGCCAAGGGUGAAAAUAAAAUAAAAAUCAUAUGUGCUUCAGAAGUAACACUUGAACAUCAAUUAAUUAUGGCUGGUCGUACAAUAGGUCUUGAAAAAAUUGUAUACUCUAUACGUAUUGGUUUUUAUUCUCCUAUUACAUUAAGUGGUUACUUAACUGUAAACAAUCUAUCAACAUCAGUUUAUGUUGACUAUUUACACGCACCACAUGACUUUCUUCAUCAAAUAGGAGGUCCUUUUCGAAUGUAUUAUCGUAUAACAAGAUGGUUAUUUGGAAAUAACUACAUCCCAUUUGCAAUGACUGUGAAUGAAGAAAUACAUCCAAUAUCUGCUUUUAUCAUUGCUAAUUAUAAACCAAUUCGAUUAUUUUUUAUAAUUUUUCCAUUUAUGACACCAAUAAUGUUCAUCAUUUUAUUUAUUUAUUUAGUUCAACCAAUUUCUUUUAUGCGAAAGAAAUUAUUAUCGUUUGAUAAUAAAAUGUUCCAUGAACAAAUAACGAUUCAAUCGAUGAUAGAGUGA